CAGGUCACUCGCAGCGUAACCAAGAUGGCGGCCUCCUUAUGUCAGUGUUACCAGCUGUGUGUCAGAAGAGGUUGUGUGCUGUUAUCCUCUCGUCAGUAUGUGUCUUUAUAUGACAGAGCGAGUGUGUAUAGGAUAUGUGGAUCCACCAUCACUACAUCACAGGAGAGGUUUAUGUCUUCUGGUGGCGGUCGCAAAGGCUUCUUGGGAGAGUUUCUGGACAACCUGAAACAGGACCUGAACAAGAACAAAGAGAUGAAGGAAAACAUCAAGAAGUUUCGCGCAGAGGCCAUGAAGCUUGAGGAUUCGGAUGCCCUCAAGCAAGCCAGAAGGAAAUAUAAAACCAUCGAGUCAGAAACAGUCAAAACCUCAGAAGUGUUCAAGAAAACGAUCGGUUCAAUAUCAGAAACGGUCAAGGAGGGUUUGGAAGAGGUGAGUCGCACAGACAUCGGAAAGAAAAUAAAAGAAGGGAUGGAAGAAGCUGCCAAAACGGCCAAGCAUUCGGCAGAGACGGUGUCUAAAAGCGGAGAAAAACUCGGGAAGACGGGAGCCUUCCGGGCAAUCUCACAGAGUGUCGAGAGCGUCAAGAAGGAGAUCGGUGACCUCGGUCAGAGCGGACCGUACCGGCCGCCCAGCACACUGAGGAAGAGAAGCGACUUCUCAUCGAAGGUGGGCGGCAGCGAAGCUAAAGUCUUCGAAGCCAACGAGGAAGCAAUGGGUGUUGUUCUACACAAAGACUCUAAAUGGUAUCAGCAGUGGAAAGACUUCAAGGACAACAAUGUGGUUUUUAACAGAUUCUUUGAGAUGAAGAUGAAAUAUGACGAGAGCGACAACGCCUUAAUCCGAGCGUCUCGCGCCGUCACCGACAAAAUGACAGACAUCAUCGGUGGGCUGUUCUCCAAAACCGAGAUGUCUGAGGUUCUGACCGAGAUCUUGAAAGCGGAUCCGAAUUUCGACAAGGAUUCGUUCCUGAAGCAGUGCGAGAAGGACAUUAUUCCCAAUAUUCUAGAGGCCAUGAUUCAAGGAGAACUGGACGUCCUCAAAGAUUGGUGCUACGAGGCUACGUACAGUCAGCUUGCUCAUCCCAUCCAGCAGGCCAAAGCCAUGGGACUCCAGUUCCACUCCAAAAUACUCGACAUUGAUAACAUUGAUUUGCCGAUGGGUAAAAUGAUGGAACAAGGUCCCGUCCUCAUCAUCACUUUCCAGGCUCAACUGGUGAUGGUCAUUCGCGACGUGAAAGGCGAAGUCGUGGAGGGCGAUCCGGAAAAGGUUCUCAGGAUGAUGUACGUAUGGGCGUUAUGUCGAGAUCAGGAGGAGUUGAACCCGUACGCCGCCUGGAGACUCUUGGACAUCUCCGCCUCCAGCACGGAGCAGAUCCUUUGAGAACGGGCUAUACAGCCUCGGGGACGUGUGGGAGGGGUAAGGGGCGAGACUCCGCCACAGGGCGUGGCCACACAUCAUCACGUUAGCAUCACCCGGCCCCUUGCUUUCGUCCAGAGCUCACCCAGGAACCCUGACUUGACCUCAGGGUUGUGAACCUAACUGGGCGGCGAUUAGGGCGGUGACGUGGCCCUUGGGACGAAUGCACGCCAUUGGACCGAAACCCCCUUCAGUCAUGCUAAGAGACUUAGAGACUCAUUUUUGUUUACGUUUCGUCUGUUUAACUGCGCUGAAUGAAAUAUGUCAUGUCUGUUGGUUGCCAGAUGACAUUUAAAUGUUUAAGAAAUCCAGAAAGUUGCCGUAAACUGGUUUAAUGAUCAUGAAAGUACUUAAUUUGUAUUGAGUUUAGAUAAUCAGACCUCCCUGUGCAUCUUCAGUGUAGACUGUCAGGAAUUGUGGUGGCCGUCAGGUCGGCACAAACGUGUUUGAGCAACAGAUACAGUGUCUCUAUUUAUUUUUUUGUUACAUGUAAACUGGCGGCCACAGAUUUGGUCCUGGUGCUUCUUUAUCAGUUUAUAUCGUUGACCUGUUUUCCUCCAGAGACGGUGUUCAACGCAUCUUUUAUUGAGUCAACAAAUAAUUUUAUAUAGUUCAACCUCAAUUCCGUGGGGCCUAAAAUGAUCGGUCAUCUUGGGAGCUUUUCUCAAAAUUUUCCAAAAAGAAUAUUGUAUCAUUCCCUUUGAAACGUAAACAGAUGUGCUGUUUGGGUGAAUCGUAAAAAUGAAAUGCAAAUUAAAACUAUUCCACGCUUGCCCACUCAUUCAAAAAAUGUGUUGAAAUGAUACUCGAUUUACUCACAUUUAACAAAUAUACACAACAUCUAAAGAACUUUUCAAGGCGAUAAGUGUGUUUUCUUUCUGUGUGAAGCUGUUAUUCUAAACGUUUGCCUCUCUGUCGCCAUCUAUGUGGGAAACAUGAAAUUGCGUCAAACUCACAUUUCCCACAAAUCAGACCUGACGGCUCAUUAUUUUUAAUUAUUGUAAGCAUCGUGAGUCAGAGUACUAUAUUUUUUGGAUUUUAUAUUUUAAUUCGAUAACAGAUUUUGGUAUAUAUAUAAAAAGUUGCAUAUUGCAGCUCUAAAGUACGUUUUAAUAUCUUAGUUUACAAUGCUGCGUCUUUGACUCUAUUGCACUUUCAAAAUGUUUGCUUAUGUAAUUCGUCCGUUUAACAUCUGGCUCAGCCAAUGACUCAAAAUUUUUGGGGGCAAUUGCAAAUUUGGUUUUGCUAGUAGAAUUUCAGCGAGUAGAAAUGUCGUGAAAUCGUUUUCUGAUGUUCAAACCCUUGACUCAAUUCUCAUGUGGCACUAAAGACAAGUCAUGCAUUCUAAGAGGUUUGCUGGUUGUUUCUGGUUAUUUAGAGGGAUGUAACAAUAUCAAAAUCUCACGGUGCGAUAAAACCUCGAGAUGUUUAUUGCAAUAUUUAAACUGACUCAUGUUGACUUGGAAAUGUGCCAUAAGCAUCCUCUUUUCUUUAUCCUCUAAUCAUAACUGUUGCUCAGAGGUAUGAGUUAUGAGAUGGGUCAAAUGACCUAAAAAUCCCUUUUAUAAAAUAAAAUAAUUGCACCAGAUGGACCUUGACAAAGGUAACAUUUAUUAUUUUUCUAACAUUCUCUAUGUUAGGCCCCGGAAGACCUAUCGUUUCAUAAAGUCAUGUGACCGCGAUAACAUUGAGACAAUUUUGCUAUUGCGAUAAUAUUGCUACAUCCUUAGAUAUUUAUUUGCUCAGUGAUUAAGAAGAUGCUUUCUUAUAUAGUGGCCUUAAUGAAUUUCCUGUGUUGUGAGUAGGCGCUGGCCAACACUCUGUGCUUGUCCAUGCAUGCUCUUGAAUGUGGGCACAUCGCUUUUGACACGGAUAGAUUUAUCGCCAGGGUUCUGGAAACACAGGCGAAGCUUGAUAAUCAAGCCUCCGCAUUCGUUCAUACAUGCCAUUGACAAGAUCGUCAGUUCGAUGAUGGAUCUUCACAGCUUUAAGAAAGCGCCGAGUUGUGUAGUUCUGCUGACUAAAGGCUUCCUGGACUUUUCCUACGUUUGCCACAUUGUGUUCAGGAGCUUUGGUUCAGUGGAGCCUUAAAAAAUGUCAAAUGCAGUCUCAGGAAAUAUGGUGUAGUCUCAUCUUAAAUUAUACUAAACUUUACAGGGUUUUUUUGCAGCCUACUAGGCAGUAUUCUGCAAGUAAUGAGAUGCAUUUGUAAGGUUUUCUAACGGAGCCAUUAAGUUCGAGGUUUGAUAUUGUUCAUGCAUAUCAAAGUAUGAUAUGUGGUCUGGUUGUGAACGCUGGAAAUGUAAUAGAUCCUCCAUUCAUACAAAAAAUAUUAAUAUAUAUUAUAUGUAGUAUGGUACAGUUGUAUUAUUUUCCCAGUGUCUCCUCACAGAACUGAUGGCCUGUGUGCAAAUGAGAUGCAAUUAGUGUCUGUUUAAUGAGAAACCCCCUGUAUGUAUUGAUCAGGCCUUUAGGGUGUUUAGUAAGUAAUGGUGCAUAUUACAAAAAGAAAAUUAAUGGGUUCAAUCACUCACCAUGAAACCUGAAGAACAUGUCAGGGUCGUUUUUUACCCCAGACCAUUCAAAUUAAAAGAUUUAAAUACAUAAUAUUUGUUGUGGUCCUGUACAGAAACCAUUGUGUUAC